CCAGAGAAAGACGUUAUUGUUAUGACUUUCCCCUCCUUUCCCAGCUCCCACCCACCCUCUUGGAGAGGAUCUCAAAGGAACGGAACCAGAGAAAACACACACAGCUUGGAGGAAGAUCAUUUGUUUCAGAACCGGACUGGAGUGAGAAGGAGGAAGAGGAAAAGGGGGAGGAAGAGUCCUGGAAGUUAAAAAACACAGAAGGAAGAAGGCCAGGUGGCAACAGAUAAACUAUCUAGACAAUGAAGGUGAUUAUCAGCCUGAUGUUCCCACUCAUACUUGUUCUACUCUGUGAAGUAAAUGGGCAGAGGCGCAGACCUCCAAAGAAACGUGUUACUCCUCCACCUGUGGAACCAGUUGAGCCUACAGAGUUGCCUCCGCCCUUGCCACCAGGACCUCCUUCCAUAUUCCCUGACUGCCCUAGAGAAUGCUUUUGCCCUCCAGAUUUCCCUUCAGCCUUGUACUGUGACAGCCGCAAUUUGAGGAAAGUGCCCAUCAUUCCAUCCAGGAUCCACUAUGUCUACCUUCAGAACAACUUCAUUGAAGACCUUCCUGAGGAAUCCUUCAAAAAUGCCACAGAGGUGAGGUGGAUCAAUCUGGACAACAAUCGUAUCAAAAGGGUAGACAAACGGGUAAUGGACAAGUUGGAGAGUCUUGUCUUCUUGUACAUGGAGAAGAAUCAUCUUAAGGAAAUCCCAGGCAAUCUGCCUCCAAGUCUGGAGCAGCUUCGGCUGAGCAGGAACAGAAUCUCCAAGAUAUCCCCCAAUGCCUUCAACAAACUGGAGCACCUCAUUCUCCUAGAUCUCCACAACAAUGAAUUGAACGAUGCAGUCUUCAAUAAGAACACAUUCAAGGGGCUCAAGAAUCUUAUGCAGCUCAACUUAGCUCGCAACAUACUAAGGAAGAUGCCACCUGGAAUUCCCACUGCUGUCUACCAGCUCUUCCUAGAUAAGAACAACAUUACUGACAUCCCCAGCAAUUACUUCAAGGACUUCUCCAACUUGGCAUUUCUCAGGCUUAACUACAAUGGCCUCACUGACAAAGGGCUACCCAAGAGCACUUUCAAUAUCACUAACUUGCUGGUCUUGCAUCUGGCACACAACAAGCUUACCAACAUCCCGUACAUCAGCCCCAAGUUGGAGCAUCUCUACUUGAAUGAUAAUUCAAUUGAAACUAUCAAUGGAACUGAGAUAUGCCCCAUGUCUCUCUUCUCUUUCCAAGGACCAUCCUCAGAUCUUGACAACGUGCCCCAUCUUCGCUACCUACGCCUAGACGGCAACCACCUGAAGCCCCCCAUCCCUUUGGACCUGAUGAUGUGUUUCCGAUUGUUGCAGUCUGUUAUUUUCUAAGCCUUGUAGCAAUUGCCACUCCCCAGGACUUUGGCUUUGCGCAGUGACUUGAUUCCAGUCUAUGUUAGACACAGGGAAUAUAUCCUGUCAUUUCUUCCUUGUCUUACCUUCCCAGUUCCUUCUCUUUUUUGCUCCUCCCUGUUUCCUACUCUUUUGGCUGCAGAAAUCUUUUGUUUUCAAUGUGCUCCCUUCUCUAUGCAGCAUCUUAUGAAUGUCCCUGGAAAUUUUGCCCACCUUUUAUCCACAAAAUAGCCAUCAGUUACAGUAAAACAGGUAUCUCUUAUCCUUAACUUAUGUCAAAAGGAGAGAUGGGAGCAUGCACUGCAUUUGCAGCAUUUGUGAUAUUGCCUUGCUGUUUUGAGCUUUACAUAGAGUUAUUGGCUGCCAACAACAAGCUUAUAAAGGAGGUUAUAUUUUGCAUAAUUAUCUGGAAGAAAAGGCAAAUGCAAUUUCAUUUCAGUGUGCCAUUCAUCUAGCAAUAAUAUUGAGAAAAACAGCACUCAGACUUGUUAGGUGGCAAUUGUAAGUGCACCGUAAAUAGAAUAUCUAUCCUGUACGAAGUAUUAUUGAGUGCAUAAAUCCUAUGGAGUCAUGCAAGGUAUACUGUAAAUUCAAUGAAAAGGGAUUAGGAAUUGAUAUUUCUCCCGGUUUUGCUCUUUGGCAUGGUAAAGAUAAUGAUGCUACAACAAAACUGCAGGAAUGUACAGAAUGAUCAAAAUUAAUGUGAGCUCCUGCCCCCAGGACUUGGAAAGCACUCUGUCAAAGAGAAAUUGCUUUCCAUCCUAGGUUCCCACAAUUGAGCUCAAUAGUCAUUGUGGGGCUUUUUGCAUCUUCAGUACUUGGCAGUUUGCUUGAAAUGAAGUAUUAGAGAGAAUUUGACAUUAAACAAUGGUGUUCCAGUACUGUAUUUUUUUGUCCACAUAACAUGCCCCAGAAUACAUCAUCAACAGUUGGCACAACCUGUGCCUUGCCAUUUUUGGGGGGCUUCUGCUAUUUUUUUGUAUGAGUAGUACCUCACUAUACUUACAAUCUCCUCAGCAAUUUCUAUGCAGAUGUCACAAAAGAAAUAAUCUCCAGUUCCUCAAGGCAAGGUCCCAGUCUCAAUCCCUGGUAUUUACAGUUAAAAGGAUCAGAUAGCAGCUGAUGUGAAAGUCUCCUCUUCUUAAGUUAGAGAGGAACAAGAGAAUAUAAAAAUUUACUUGAAAGGAGGCAUGUUCUAAGGAAGGAACUGCUUCACCUAAUCUCUGUUAGCAGCAUCAACGAACAUAGUUAUCAGCAGAGUCCACAUAUGGCUAAUUUACAAGGAUUUAUGAACUCCUUCACUGUGGAAAGGUAUGGAGGCAUACACUUGAAUUAACACCAUUAUUUUGUUUUUCAUAAUAUUGUCUUCAUGUGCUGUCCUUUUUUCUGCAUGCAUGUAGACAGCAACAAGAAGCAAGAAUGUUCCAUAAGAGCCACUGAAGUUCAAACCAAAAACCAACCAGGUACCUUGGACAUCUCUGGUUCAACAUGGUGGCUUCUUUCUCAGGAUCUAGUUCUUAUGUUGUGUAAAAUGUAACAAUCCUACAGGCUUAGAUGGAUGCAGUUUAGGAUUUCACUGUAAGGUAGCAACAUGCUUUCUUUUCCACCUGGAGGGUAGAUAUAUUACUAGAUUAUUUUUGGAUUGAAAUUCCUUUCCAUCUUGCUGCAUGUGAAAGGGUAAAUUUGUGAAUAAGUACACAGCUGGUUUGAUUUUAAAGAAGCUUCUUGUGUUGGUAUAUUUUGCUUAAAGCCUCUAGAACAAAUUUCUUGCAACAUUUUCUCCUCAUUCUUCUCCUUUUUGACUUGAAAAUUCAGAAGUGUUCCAUUCUCCAAAUCCUGGAUGAUUUCCCCCUGCUUCUCCUGUUCUGUUUUGUGUUUGGCUCUGCAAAACCCACAUUGACAGAGGUCUGUAAGCAACAAAAUAUACAACUUAUUUUCUUCCUCCUUGUGAUCUCAAUCUGCCCCUCUUCAAACCACUGAUUGGGUUGGCUGGGCUUUGAUCUAUAACCUAUGGAAGUCAACAGAGGAUUCUGGAUUAUAUCCCUAAUGACCAAAUAACCUCAGUCCCAGAUAAAACUCAGCAUAUCCCAUGGUACCCUUGUUGGGGUUGGGCAUGCUUGGGAUCAUGUAUUUUAAUAAUAAUGUAGGCAUGAAACUUACUUUUAAUUUAAUCUGUCUAUAUAGCUAGAAGGCCCUUUUUGGCUUUCUGUUACACCAGUGUUAAAUUACUCUGGAUUAUGCUAGCUGGAAUGUCGUUUGCUGGGGUAUUUUUAUAUCCUAUUAAAUUUAUUGUGUAAA